UUUAUAAAAGGAUGCAUGGGGAGAUGGGUAUGGACACAUUCAUGGCACAUGGUAGACAAUCUCCAUUUCCCUUCGUGUGAAUCGCUGCCAUUUCUGCCUCCACCAAAGCAAUCAAUGUCUUCUCUUCGUUUCUUCUUUAUUCUUUUCUUCCUUGCUUUGCUUCUUCAGAUCUCUUCUGGAACCCAUGAAGAUGAAUCUCUGGAUGUAGAUGUAGAUCCAAGCUUCCAGUUUGAAAAUCCCAGGCUUCGUCAAGCCUACAUUGCUUUGCAAGCUUGGAAACAAGCCAUUUUCUCUGACCCUUUUAACUUCACAGCCAACUGGAAUGGUCCUGAUGUGUGCUCUUACAUGGGUGUAUAUUGUGCUCCUUCUCCUAACAAUGCUAAACUCAGGGUGGUUGCUGGUAUUGACCUCAACCAUGGUGAUAUUGCCGGCUACCUCCCUCCAGAGCUUGGCCUCUUGACAGAUCUAGCUCUAUUGCAUCUCAACUCCAACAGAUUUUGUGGGGUUGUGCCUACUAGUUUCCGCAAACUGAAGCUUCUCUAUGAGCUUGACAUCAGUAACAACCGUUUUGUGGGAAAAUUUCCCAAGGUUGUUCUGUCUUUACCUUCUCUCAAAUAUUUGGAUCUUAGAUUCAAUGACUUUGAAGGUUCUGUCCCUUCCAAGCUCUUUGAUCAACCACUUGAUGCUGUAUUUUUAAACGACAAUAGAUUCCAGUUUGGUAUUCCUCAGAAUCUUGGUAACUCUCCUGUUUCUGUUCUUGUUCUUGCAAACAACAAUCUUGGUGGUUGCAUUCCUGGUAGCAUUGGAAAUAUGGGUAAAACCCUUAAUGAGAUCAUCCUUCUGAAUGAUAAUCUCACAGGUUGCUUGCCUCCCCAGAUAGGUAUGCUCAAGGAAGUGACAGUUUUUGAUGUGAGUUUUAAUCAUCUUCAGGGCUCUCUGCCUUCUUCCAUUGGUAACUUGAAGAAGGUUGAGCAACUUGAUAUUGCACACAAUGGUUUUACUGGUUCUAUUCCUGCUAGUGUCUGCCAAUUGCCUAAUUUGCAGAACUUUACCUAUUCUUUCAACUACUUCUCUGGUGAAGCACCAAGUUGUGCUGCUAUUGGAAGCAGGGUGGUCACUAAUGGUUCCAAGAAUUGCAUUCCUGGAAAGAUGGAUCAGAGAUCUGCUAAAGAGUGUUCUUCAGAAGCUGCACGUCCAGUGGAUUGUAGCAAGUUCAAAUGUGGUGGAAGUUCUGGUAGCGGUGAAGGCGGUGCUGGUAGAGGAGGCUCACCUUCACCAAGGAAAAGACCUCCAGUUGGAAGGCCGUCAGCACCAAAACCUGCUCCUACUAGAAGGCCGUUUGUUAAACCUUCUCCUCCACCACCCACUUCCAAGUCUUCGUCUUCUAGCAGAUCACAUCCUCCACCACCCCCAACGAGGUCGUCUUUCCACCCUCCACCUUCGCCGCCUCCACCCACUGAAAGGGUCUCACCCAAAACACAUCUCCCACCACCACCCCCUCCAGUAGAGCAUUCAUCACCUACUUAUCAUCACGUACCACCACCACUGCCACCUCCACCAUGCCAUUACCAUUCUUACGCUCCACCACCGCCAAAAGAAAAGGUUUCACCAAGUACUCAUCAAGCUCCACCCCCACCACCACCGCCACCGCCACCAGUUGAGUACCAUCCACCUCCCUAUCAACAUGAAGCAUCACCACCGCCACCACCUGUCGAGUACCACCCACCUCCCUAUCAAUACAAUGCACCACCAUCGCCACCACCUGUCGAGUACCAUUCGCCCCCAUAUCAACACAGUGAACCACCACCGCCACCACCUGUCGAGUACCAUUCACCCCCAUAUCAACACAAUGCAACGCCGCCGCCGCCACCACCAAAGAAUGAAUAUAAACCCUCUCCUCCUCCAACUCAUGAGCAUUCCGCAGCUCCAGUUCCAUCGCCAGUAGAGCAUUACCCUCCCAAAACAGCAACUCCAUCUCCACCUCCACCUCCACCUCCAACGUAUGUGAAGACUCCACCUUUACCACCUCCACGAGAGCCAUUCCAUCCCCUACCACCUCUACCACCAACUGGGUGCAUAAUUCCAGGAUCACCACCACCAUCUCCACCCUCAUCACCAUUAGCACCACCACCAUCAUCUACGCCAAGCUAUCACCACUCACCAUUUCCCCCACCUCCUCAACAACAAUGGCAUUGUCCACCACCAUCAUUCCAUCAACAAAGCCCACCUCCUCCUCCUCCUCCUCCACAUGCUGAGUAUUCAAAUCCCUCACCCCCACCACCACCGCCACCAUCACCACCUCCAGUUGAUAACACUCCACUCCCACCAAUCGUAGGAGUAUCAUACGCAUCUCCUCCUCCUCCAACAAUUCCAUACUACUAAACACUUUUGUGGCAUCAUCGGCUUCUGAUUUCACUGUCUAAUUCUUUUGCUCUGCAACAAUGAGGACUGGUUCCCUAUUUAGUGUUUUUUGUUAAAUCAUAUUUAUUUUAUUUUAUUUUUCUGAGAAUUUUAAUCCGUAGCAAUAAUUAAUAUAUAGUUUCAUUUCUGGUUA